AUGUUUCUUGCAUCGAUGAUCGUAUUUAUUAAUGUUGUCAUGAUUCAAUUGCUACAGAUGCCAAUAGCUGAAGGCGUAUUCAUCAACAGACGAUUUCCUAUGGCAAAUAUUAGGCCACAAAGAAGCACAGGAACGGUUGUUUCAAAGUGCCCUAAAUGCGAUUGUAGAAUAUUUACUCGAAAAAAGAGGAUUCUUGGAGGAAUAGAAGCCAAACAAAACGAAUUUCCUUGGAUGGUGGCCUUGAGAACACAAGACGACUUUCUCUGCGGAGCUACAGUCAUCACAAAGCAGCACUUAUUAACUGCUGCACACUGCGUGGAGGGGAUCACUGCAGAAGAAAUUGAAGCAUCUUUGGGUGAACAUAAUCGAGAACUAAAAUAUGACAUAAACAAAGUAACAGUCGGAAUCAAAGAGAUAAUUCAACACCCGGGAUUUACUUACCCAGCUUCAGAUAACGACAUCGCCAUUUUGAAAUUAGACCGCACGAUAUCAUUCAAUAUCCCUCAAAUUCAACCAGCAUGUCUACCAAAUUCUGAAAAUCGAGAUUACGCCGGUUACUUUGGCACCGUUAUUGGAUGGGGUUCCACUGACGAAAAGGAGUCUCUAUCUAACGUGAUGCGGAAAGUAAAAGUUCCUAUCAUUCCGACUGAAGAUUGUAGGACUAAUUAUAGUGAUCUAGACUCGUCGGAUUCAAUAACUGAUAACAUGAUUUGCGCUGGAUACAAUUUUGGAAAACAUGAUGCCUGUGCUGGUGACAGUGGCGGACCUUUACAAAUCAAUCUUGUUGUAACAGGGAUUGUUUCUUGGGGUAUUGGCUGUGGUCGUCCAUAUUACCCAGCCUUCUACACUCGGAUUGAUAGAUAUAGACGUUGGAUACAUGAUAACAUAGGAAAAGAAUGUUUAUGUGAAAUUUAAAGACAACAUUAUUGAAAAAUGGACAUGAAUGGUAUUUUGUUUUCAUGCAAAUGCAGUGUUCCUUAGUGUAUGCGUAAGUAUUACACAUCAUAAUUUUAAAAUAUCGCAGAAAAUUUAUGUAAAACGAUUUUAUGUAGGUAUGUGAGCUUUUUGAAAUUUGAUGUGAUCUUUGAGUUAGGUACGUACUUGUAAAAGUAUACUCAGUGUGCAAGUGGUAAAAUUCUAAUUUUUGUACUAUUCGACAGUUGGUUCACGGUGAAAAAAAAUAAAGGGAUUUCAUGUGAA